GGCGCAGAUGGAGCCCAGCAGCGGGAGCCGAGACGCCAGGCCUGCCGCAGUGCCUGCCGCGGUGCCGGUGGCGGCUGUGCUGCCGGCGGGCGGCAGCGGGGAGCGUCUGGGUGGCGCCACCCCCAAGCAGUUCUGCGCCGUGCAAGGGAGGCCGCUCAUCAGCUACACGGUGCAGGCGAUGGAGAGGGUAGGCUGGAUAUCCAACAUUAUUGUGGUGGUCUCUCCUGAAAAUACUGAAAAAAUGAAGUCUAUAAUUGAAAAAUAUGGUCACAAAAGAGUUACAAUAGUAAAAGGUGGAAGAACUCGUCACCGGUCAAUUUUCAAUGGACUGAAAGUGUUUGCAGAGAAUCAAUUUUCUAAUCAUCUGCUCCAGAAACCAGAAGUAGUGAUUAUCCAUGAUGCUGUGAGGCCAUUUGUUGAAGAAGAUAUUAUUUCAAAAGUGGUUAUGGCUGCUAAAGAACAUGGGGCAGCAGGAGCAAUCCGUCCUCUAGUUUCCACUGUUAUUGCCUCUGCUGCAGAUGGAUGUUUAGACCACUCAUUGGAACGUGCCAGGUACAGAGCGAGUGAAAUGCCUCAGGCUUUCUUAUUUGAUAUAAUCUACAAAGCAUACCAACAGUGUACAGACUAUGACCUGGAUUAUGGAACGGAAUGUUUGCAUCUGGCUCUGAAAUACUGUAAAACCAAUGCCAAACUUGUUGAAGGAACAGCUGACCUCUGGAAGGUGACCUACAAGCGGGAUCUGUAUGCAGCUGAAUCAAUUAUUAAGGACAGUCUGUCACAACACGUUUGUGUUAUUACCACUGGGAAGGAAGCUGUUGCACAAGUGCGUUUUCUUCUCCAGGAGUCUCUGAAAAGCCAAAUAACAAUUGAAGCUAUCUCACUAUCUCUAAGCAUAAACGAUAGCCAUGUACAAAGCUCCUUUUCAGGACAGUGCUACAAUUUUAUUUGCAUAAAUGAUAACAAGUAUGAUAUUCAAGAAACCCAGCAACUAGUGGAUAUGUUGGAAAAAUCAAAUAUUCCUGUCUUAUAUCCAAUUGUCCUUAUCUCGGUUCACUUGGAUAUUUCCGAAAAUAUUUCUUUCCAUAUUGGGAUGGAAGAACUAACUAGAAUCAAGAAAUUUGCAAGGGAUGUGAAAAAUAAAAAUAUUUUGGUUUAUAGUCUCCUUAUCCAAUGUAAGGACCAUUUGGUGCUUCAGGAGACAGUAAAUUCUGCUGCUGUUCUUAUCAUGGCAUUAAUAAAGGACAGAAAUCCGGAGCUGACUGGGCAGCUGUUGGUAGCAUAAGAGCAUAAAUCAUGUGUAGCUUUUGGAAAUGUUUCUUUUUCAUCAUCCAUUCACCAAAGGUCUUGAAUCAUUUUAUUCUUUGAUGAAAACUGUGGAUUUAUGACAUUUACUAUUAAGAUCUUUUAACAAGAUAUUUUUGAUACUUAAAAUGCAAGUCUGAUGUGUAUAAAGUGUAAACUGAAAUACAAUUAAUUCUGUGGUACACUGGGUGCAUACUGUAUGGAAUUAUACUGAAAUGGUUUUGUGGGGUAGUGAUCAUUUAGGAAGGUUCAUAGGGGACACCAAAGCAUUCAGUCUUCAUGCAGAAUGGUCUUUAAUCAUGCUUAUGUAUUGUACUCCAGGGCUGCAUGAACGAAAUGUGAUUUAAGAUAAAAUAAUCCUAAAGCACAGCUCUUGUUCUUUAUAUGAAAUUAGUUUAAAAUUGCUGCUAUACCUGUGAGCGUAGAGAUCAUUAUACAGCGUAGCCUUCCAGACAUCAACAAUUCAACAUUCUGUUGAACUGCACAAUGCAAGCAGUGUUGGAAGGGUCAGGUCCUUGUCUUCCAUGUAACUAAGGUAACCUUGAGACAAAGAAAAGGUGUGCUUGGGGGAAAUUGAAGUGCAAACCCCAAUAUUUCAGGUGCUGCAUGCUCUGGCUGUAGCACUCCUUAGUGCUACACUACUUCCAGUGCCCCUGUGCCAUCAUUUCAGAGCAGCUCCAAUAGCUCCUCUGAGUACUGUAUUACACAUGCUUUUUGUGUUUGCACAUGUGUACAUGUAUGCAUAGAUGUGCAGAUGUGUGCUUAAAGGAAGAGUUAAGACUUAAAAAAAGUGUUUUGCAACCCAAUCUGUAAAUCAUGGAGAAAUGAGAAGGUUCUGUUAGCUCAUCUGCAAGAGUACAAUUUUCAUCUCUUGCUGCCUUCUGCAUUAAAUGGUAGUGAAGAGAACUGAGUGUUAUGAGUUCAAAAAUAUGCUACAUUGGUAUUCAAAUAUGUAAAGAUGAUACAGGAAGGUAAAAUAAUGAAUGUUUAUUAUGUGGAGUACCUCCAGGUAUCUCAACCACUAAGAGCAAUACAAGAAGAGGAGAGUCCCUGAAAGCACUUGUCCCUCCCUCUGCUCAGGACCCGGGAAUUCCAGCUUUCCUUCAGCUUCUGAAGGGGUUAAGCUUGACUCAUGCUGUGAUUGGUCUUAGAGAAGUAUCCCCACCAGAACUGUCCAGUGACUCCUCCCAGUCAGUCUGUCCUGAGUUGAGAGCACUGUCAGUUCCACAAGUUUCCCUCAGAAACCAGCAUUCCUCCCCAUCCUCCCACCAUGCUCCACUCCCUCUGGUGCUCAAACAAAACUUAAAAUGGGAUGAUCUGGGGUUGAUCCCCUUUUCCCUCCUCUUUCACUUACCUGACUUUCUAUAUCGCUGUUUUAAAUCCAUUUCAGAAGCUGAUGUUGAUCCCAAAGUUCCUUCAUUAUUUGAUGAAAUAAAGGGUUGUUAGCUGACUGUUCUGUAUGCAAAGUGCACAGCUGCUUCCACACAGAAGUCAUCGUAAGACAACUAACAAAGUUCUCAUGCACCAUCUGCUUGAUUCUUUGCUUCUCUCUCCUCUCUGCUUUGAUUAAUAAUUUGUCCUUUUGUGACACUGGACAACGUAACCAUUCAUAUUAGCUCUGUGUAUGGCUAUACAACAGACAUAUUUUAUUCAUAUAAAUAUAUAUAUUCAUGAGUAUUCAUAUGCAGAGUACACAAAUAAAUGAGGAACUUAAGAAUUACUAUUGGUAUUCAUAAUUUAACAGGACAGCUUUCACAAAUAAGUUUUCUGAAUUCCCUUUUACAUUAAUGACUUUGAUGAAGGAAUUCGUCUCACAGGCUUUUAAAAGACUUGAUGAAAGAUGUUUCUUUGACUGUAUUUUGUGAGUCUCCUUCACUUGAAGGCUGAAAUACAAUCCAUGAUGUGUUUUCCCCACAUAAGAAUAAUAAGCAAGUGAAUUUUGAAAAUCCUUUGUGUUUUACAUCCACUCUAAUUUAUACAUUGUGAUACUUCCUUAGAAUUGGAUUGUGUGUAACUUAUCAUUUGCUUAAAAAGAACCCUUUUCUCUGUAUUGUUAUUUUACUUGAUUCUUCUAAAACUAUUUCAAUCCAAUCAAAAACACUGCAAUUAACAGCUGUAAUGAAAAAAUAUGUUAUGGUUGCUUUUGGACUUAUUUUGAAAAGAGACAAUGCACAACAAAAAGAAAGUUUCAGGUCAACAAACCUAAUUAGCACUAUCUUAAAUGGAAGAUAGUAAGCUUUAUUAAAGUACUGAUAUGGAUUGCAUUAUGGAUUUUUUUUAUCUUUUAUGAGCUUUUGAAAUCAUCUGAAAACUCUGGAAUAUCUAUUUUGCUGGAAUGAAGUACACCAAAACCAGAAUUGCUAAAACAGAUCACGAAAUAUUAGAACUACAGUUAAGAAAAAACAAGGAAAAAAAGGAACUGGACUGUGAUUAAUUCUAUUGUGUAUCCAAACCAAAUUUAAAUGGUCUUUUGGAUGAUUGUUAAUACUUACAAUGGGAUUAAAG